AUGGAGAGUGUCGAUACGAAAGAGGAACUUCGCAAAUUGAUGGAGAACAUUCAGCCUGACGAUGCUACCAAGAUUGCCAACGAAGAGGACGUGCCUGUCGAAGGGCUUACCAUCAAGCUCAAGCCAUAUCAAUUCGCUGGUCUCGAGUGGCUUCAGAAGAUGGAGAAUGGCUCAAACAAAGGUGGCAUCCUUGCUGACGAUAUGGGCCUGGGCAAAACUGUCCAAGCCAUCUCACUCAUGGUCACAAACCGCUCCGAGGAUCCAGUGAACAAGACUACUCUGAUCCUUGCACCGGUUGCUCUCUUGCGUCAAUGGGAACAAGAGAUCAUGACCAAGGUAAAGCCUGGUAGACACAGACUUCACACUUUCAUCCAUCAUUCAAGCGCCAAGAAGAAGAGCCACAGAGAUUUGCGCGACUUUGAUGUUGUUCUGACUACUUUCGGUACUAUCGCUGCCGAAUUGAAGAAGAUCGAGAAGUACGAGAUGCGCAAGAAAGCGGAUCCAAAUGCUCAGCCUCGAGACGACGAGAAAUGCAUGUUUAUCGGUCCGGAUUGUAAGUGGUACAGAGUCAUUAUCGACGAAGCGCAAUGCAUCAAGAACAAGACGACCAAGACUGCUCGAGCUGCCUUUUAUCUUCAGGCUCGCUCUCGAUUUUGUAUGACUGGAACGCCCAUGAUGAACAGCGUCGAGGAACUUUACUCUCUCAUCCACUUCCUACGUAUUAGACCCUACAACAAUUGGAACAAGUUCAGGACAGACUUCAAUCAGCCACUGAAGAGCAAUAACGAGGCUGCACGUCAGAUGGCUAUGCACAAGCUGCAAGCAUUGCUCAAAGCAAUUCUCCUUCGUCGCAACAAGAAGACCGAGAUCAACGGACGCCCUAUCCUCAACCUGCCAGAGAGACGUGUCGAAGAGACCAAUCCUGACUUCAGUGAAGAUGAGCGUAACAUCUAUGUUGCCCUUGAGACCAGCUCUGCGGUUAAGUUCAACAAGUAUCUCAAGGCUGGAACAGUCAGCAACUCGUACAUGCAGAUUCUGGUUCUUCUGCUUCGUCUUCGCCAAGCCUGCUGCCAUCCCAAUCUGAUCAAGGACCUCGGAAUCGUUGCUGCGACUGCUGAAAUCACACAAGAGACGAUGGAUGAGAUCUGCAGGGCCCUUGAACCGAAUGUGAUUACUCGAAUCAAGGAAGCAAAUGGUACAUUCGAGUGUCCUGUCUGCUACGACGCCGUGGAGAACCCUGCCAUCUUCACUCCUUGCGGUCACGAUACUUGUCCAGACUGCUUCUCCAGAAUUGCUGAUCCUUCCAAUGCACUUGCUGAGGGUGACGAAGGACGAACUGCAAAGUGCCCCGAAUGCCGUGGCCCUAUCAACACCAAGAAGGUCAUCGAUUACGAGUGUUUCAAGCGUAUCCACAUGCCCGAGGAAGCUGCUCUUGAUGAUACAGUUGACAUCAAGACCGACGUUGAUGCUGACGACAUGACGGCUGUCGACAUUGACGACGACUCUGAGGACGAGGAAGACGAAGAUGAUGACGACGAGACCGAAUCUCUCGAUGGCUUUAUUGUUGAGGAUGGUGCUAAAGAAGAAGACGAUGAGGAAGCAGCGCAGCGCAGGCUGAAGGCCGCCCUGAAGCCCAAGAAGAAGAAGAAGGCAGCCACAAUGACCAUCCCUGAGCUCAAAAAGCUGGCAGUCAGAAAACCUGGAUGGCGCAAGAUCUACCUUCGCAUGCUGAAAAAAGAUUUCAAGCCUUCGUCCAAGAUCGAACGCACCAUGGAAAUCUUGGACGGUAUCAUGACGGCACCCGAGGGCGAGAAAAUCAUCAUCUUCUCUCAAUGGACGUCUCUGCUUGACUUGCUCGAAGUGCCUGUGUCUGAGAAGGGCUGGGGAUAUCGCCGCUACGAUGGAAGCAUGAACGCCAAACUUCGUGCCGACGCUGUUGACGACUUCAAGAACAGACCCAAUGUUCGCAUGAUGCUGGUCUCACUCAAAGCAGGCAAUGCCGGAUUGAACCUCAACAUCGCUUCUCAGGUUGUGAUCAUGGACCCAUUCUGGAACCCCUACAUUGAGGAACAAGCUAUCGACCGUGCUCACCGUCUAGGUCAGACUCGACCUGUCAUGGUUCACCGUGUUCUCAUCAAGGAGACUGUCGAAGACCGCAUCAUUGCGCUGCAAGAAAAGAAGCGCGCUCUUAUCUCUGAAGCGCUUGACGAGAAGGCUUCUCAGAGUCUGGGCAGAUUGAGUGUACAUGAACUGGCGUAUCUCUUCGGGAUCAGUAGAAAUGUUAACGACGCGCUACCCGCUGGUCCCAGGGCUAGAGUCCGUCAGGGCGGUGUUGGUGCUCUGGGUGCUUGA